AUAAUGUUGUACACUAAUGUUACAUGGAUAAAAGAUUUCUUCAUCCUUGGAUUUCCUGGACUUUUGCCAGAGUAUUAUGGACCUGUCUCAGCUCUUCUUUUUGUGCUUUACUUGGCUAUAGCUGCAGGAAAUAUUUUCAUUUUAGUGUUUGUUAGAUCUGAACGGUCUCUUCACAAACCAACGUAUGAUAUUUUCUGCCACUUGGCGUUAAGUGAUUUAUUGUUUGGGACUGUAACUUUACCAAAAACAAUAUCCAAAUACUGGUUUAAUGACAGCAUUAUUUCAUUUUACAGCUGUUUUGCACAGAUGUUCUUUGUUCACUUUUUAGGUGCAGCUCAUUCUUUCAUUCUGAUGGUGAUGGCUCUUGAUCGGUUUAUUGCAAUUUGUGCUCCACUGCGUUACAUGUCACUUUUCACAAGUAACACGGUUUCUGUGCUCUGUGGAAUAUCGUGGUGUAUGCCAGUAUCAUUUAUGUUUGCUAUAGUUUUUGAUGCUUUAAAACUUCCAUAUUGUAACUCAAAUAUAAUUGUUCAUUGCUACUGUGACCAUUUGUCAAUAAUAAACCUCGGAUGUGAAAAUGUAAGGAAUUCUACACUUCUAGGAUUGGGGCUUUCCAUGUUUAGUUUGUUGUUGCCUCUGGGUUUUAUCAUUAUAUCUUAUUGUUUUAUUAUUGUUGCUGUUUUGCGAAUUUCCUCCUCUGACAGUCGCAUUAGGACACUGUCCACCUGCACACCGCAGCUUAUUGUCACAGGUAUUUACUAUUUGCCCCGAUGUUUUGUGUACCUGGCGAACUUUGUAGGUUUUACUUUCAGUGUUUCAGUUCGAAUUGUUGUUGUAAUGUUAUACAGUCUUUUACCUGCUGCUGUUAAUCCUCUAAUAUAUUGUUUAAAAACCAAAGAUAUUAAAGAACACUUGAGGCUAAGGCUAUACACAAAAAUUGAUAAUACCACACAUUCUGGUUAA